ACUGACUGCCCUUUAACUGGAGGAUAUGCGUGUGCAGGCUGCUGAGUGCGCAGCAGAGAGGGGGCGGGUCAGUUUGCAAUGGAGGACUCCAUUGAUGUUAUUCUUCAAGACUAUGGCAGGGUCUGUCCCACCAACAGACCCCAUCCUGUCCUGACUGCCUGCACAGCUGCUCUGCUCACAGGCCUGUAUGGAGUAUGGAGGCUGUUUGCUGUGCCUGGAUUUCGCAAAAUCCCUUGGAACCUCAAGGUUCCUUAUUUGCCCUCCAGUAAAGUCCAGACACUGAACAUUAUGCAGCUGCUUGAGGGACGAGCGGGUCGCUUAGCAGAUCUGGGGUCAGGAGAUGGAAGAGUGGUGUUUGCGGCCUCUUCGGCUGGUUUCCAGUGCACAGGGUUUGAGAUCAACUCCAUUUUAGUGGCCUGUGCCAAGAGCAAGGCCCUCUGGACAGGAGUGCCCUCCAGCCAGGCAACGUUUGUUAAAAAAGACUUCUGGAAGACUGAUUUAUCUACAUACAACAAUGUGACUGCUUUCCUUGCUCCAGGAGUGAUGGAGGUGCUGGGUGAGAAGCUGUUGAAAGAGCUUCCUGAUGAUGCCCAUGUCAUCGCCAGUCGUUUUCCUUUCCCCGACUGGCCACAAAAGUCGUCCUUCGGCUCCGGUCUUGACCAGACUUUUUCUUACAACAUCAGCACUGUGCGCUCACAUCUGAGAAACAUCCCGAAAACAGUGCUCCAUUAAGUCACAGUUUUUUGUGUUAUUUUCUAGCUCUGUCAUCCUCAACAGCACUAAACAGAAAGACAACACACAUUUUAGCAGGUAAUCAGACACACUUUAGGGAAAUCAAUUGGUGAUACAUGCCCGUUACGAUCACUGAGCAGAAGGGAUACUUUUGAAAGAUGUCUUUGAACAUUGCAAGGAUGAGAUGGACUCUCACUUAGCAGGAUGUCAGGAUGAUUUUGACAUCACUUAUCCCCUGCAGUAUUUGUUCAAUCUUUGCACAGACUGUGCCUUUGCAUUUUACUGACAAUCUUGUUGCACCAUCAUGCGCCGCUAUCUAGAAUAUGACUGUAGAGCUCUUUCUAUAAGCACUUCCACUAUAAUUAAUGUUACCUCCUCAUCAACACUAAUGCACCUCUUUGUUAAUGGCUACAAGGAUUAUGAGGUCAAUGUUUUUGUCUCACUUUGCUUUUGAUGGGUUGCACUUAGAUGCAUAUGUUGUGUUUAUUCAAGAAGGGAAUAUGUUUCCAGCCCAAGGCCAUGCUGAGAUCAUUCCAUCUAUCUUCUAUCUAGAAAGCCACCUUUUGUUAGACACAAACACGUUUUUAUGUUGUGCACGCCACGGUCUAGAAUAAUUACAGUAUGCGUCACCUGACAAAAGACAGUUUAGUCUGAGAACCAUGGUUAUAUGUGUAACCCUCUGUUUGUCUGUUAGCAGUAAAAUGAGAGAUUUCGUAAAAUGUGCUGGAAAGUAAGGCCAUUUGCCAAUGAACAAGAGAUUUCUUUUUGAUUCAUAUUAAAAUCAUAUUAACAUAGCGAGAUACAGCAUUUCUGCCAUAUUUUCUCAUGAACAAUGUAUUCCUGUGAUUUCAUUUGGACCGAUUCAGACUAAAAUGUUCCAAACAUUUGGUUUUGUUAAGCAAAUAAAUUUGGGGGAUUGUGCAGCCUUAGUGGAGGAAACUGUUCUCUGUAUUACAAUAUCACUAAUGACACUGUCAUUUUUCUAAUAGUCCAUAAGUCAUUCAAAUAUACCUGCAGCUGCGAGCUAGAACACAAAUCUUCCACCUCUACAACCUUUCCCUUCAUACCACUGCAUGAUGACGUCUCACAUGUCAGUUGCAAUACAGUAUUCACUUAGUCUUUGGUAAAGGAGAGGCAGAACAGUUUGUAACCUGAACUGUACCUUAAAUAGUACCCAACAUCUCCAGCUGAGGGUGCUAGUGCUCCAAAGUGAGUUUUGGUGUAAAACCACAGGGUGAGGUGAGCCUGAAUAGAAUACAGAUCAUGUUUAUCCUCUGCAUGGUGGCUAUUUUAUUGACCAAACGCGUCGGACUUCUAACGCCUUGAAUUCUAUGUUGCACCAAAAUGUAAAAAGCCCAUUCACGUGCCUGGAUUCCUCAAACAAAAUAGGUAAAUUAUAGAACAUUAUUGUUUUGUGUGUAUGGCGGCUGGUGAUGCAAAUAAUCAUUUAUAUCUUUACACGUUUUUAAAUGGCAGAAUCCACAGGCUGUUUUGGUUUUUGUCAUCCCCUUUUGAUUUCCUGUCCGUGCCAUCAUCAAC